UAACAUAUUUUUUACGCUUAAACAAAUUUUUGAGAAACUCCCUUUAGAACAAAACACAGAGCUCUGGUGUUUUUCCUCCUCUACUAGCUCUAUGUCCCUAACCCACUAUAACCCACCACUCAUCAUCAAAGCCUGCCAUCAUCAUCGCACAAAAUCAGCUUCACGCAGUUCGUGGUGCGUCGUCGAAGGAAGCAGUUCAUGGUGCGCCGUCGCUGCGUCUCCACUCUCCUCGCCGGGUGGGUCGUCGCUGCUUGUCCUCUCUCCGCGCAGUGGUCGUUGAUGCUUCUCUCCUGGCCGUCGCUUCUUCUCCACUCCUCGCCGUGGGCCGUUGUUUUGUCUCCCCUCUCGCCGCGCGCGUGGGUCGUCGCUGCCCUGGCCGGCGAUGCUUCUCCUCGUCGUUUGUGGGUUGUCAUGCUCCUGGCCAAUUCUACGAUAACUACUUCGACGCUGGCUACAAUGUCGAAACUCUUGAUUUACAGGUCCUCAAUGAUGAAGUCUUUAGAUAUCCCCAAAGGUGUUCGCCGUGUGCUAUUCAGAACCUUAAAUACUGACAAGCAAGUUGUAGAAGUUGCAAUGUAGUCACUGCUAUAGGAGCAUGUUCUAUUUUGGCUGUAUAUCAUAAGCAUUGAAUCAUAAUUCUUGCAUAUAUAAUUUUUGGUUUGUCUUGAAAAUUAUUCUACCAAUAUAAUGCUUCAAUCCAAACAGUCAUGUGCGUCGUUCAUAAGUGUAAAUAGCAAAAUAUUGUUCUGAGAAUAGUAAAAAAUACGAGUCAUAAUUUCUCAUGACUUUGAACGUGACGACAACUGUGUUUUUUCCUUAUGAGGAAGAAAUUGUAUUAAUGUACGGAUUAGAUCUUUUGGUAAUUAUAAUAUGUCAGUUACACGCCAUUAUUGGUUUCUACCAUUUUUGUUUGUGAAAUCGGGGUUUAGGGUUUGGAUUCUGUUACUGUGAAAUUGGUUUUACUGUUUUGAUUAUGUUACUUUGAAAUUGAGUUUAGAGUUUGGAAUUGAUUACUGUGAAAUUGAGCAUCCUUUUCCUACUCUUUUUAACCUAAUUUAAAUUCUACUCUUUUUUCCCUUGAACUUCUUCUAUGCUUAUUGUUUUGUUA